AGUUGCUUAGCAACCGAGAGGCAAACAAGCGCGAGGCUUUCUGGGGACCAUAAACUAAGAUUUACCUAUAACAUUAGCUCGUUUAACUUAACUAAACAGCAAGUUUAGUCCUCUUUAGACUCUCGGUUAUCUCGUAUUACUUAUUUAACUUUGUUUUCAACAAACUCAUGGCAGGAAAGAAGAAAGAGGCGAUCCUACAGGUAUCAGUCACAAACCAAGAACAGUGGACAGAAAUGAUGGCUACUAAGGGCUUAACAGUUGUAGAUGUUUACCAACAGUGGUGUGGCCCCUGUCGAGCUGUGGUCAGCCUCCUGCGGAAAAUAAAGAACGAACUGAGUGAUGACAUGUUGCAUUUUGCAACUGUAAGCCCUGGACAGGUUUUUAAAUCUUAUAGUUGGAGAAACUGGAGCAUUGUUUUUGUGGAGGAGCAGAUCUGCAUGUGUCUGUGUGUGAUGCAGGCUGAUGCUGACAGCAUUGAUGCUCUGGAAAGGUAUCGAGGAAAAUGCGAGCCCACUUUCCUCUUCUACGGGGGUGGAGAGCUGGUGGCUGUGCUGCGAGGAGCUAACGCUCCCAUGCUUCAGAGGCUGAUCGUGGAGGAGCUGGCCAAGGAGAAACUGGUUCUGGAGCAAGGAGGUGGACGCAAAGUGGUAAAAGAUGACGCCCUGUUGGAUGAUGAGAUAAAAGAAGAGGAGAAAACGCUUCAGCAGUCAGAAGUUGAGGACAGCCGUACUGUAUCUGCCUGUGAGCCCUACACGGUUGCCAUAAUCAAACCAGAUGCUGUUGCUCAAGGCAAGACAAACGAGAUCCUCACGAAGAUCCAAGAAGCGGGGUUUGAGAUUCUCGCGUGUGAGGAGCGAACGCUGACUGAGGCAGAAGCUCGAGACUUUUACCAACACAGAGCAGCGGAGACUUGCUUUGAGGAUCUGGUUCGGUUUAUGGCCGGCGGCCCCUCUCGUAUUCUGGUGCUUUCUCACACAGAGGGCUCGGCAAGCGUUAUACCAGCGUGGCGUGAGUUCAUCGGCCCGGCGGACAUAGAGGAGGCCAGGAGAGAAAAGCCCGAAAGCUUGCGGGCACAAUACGGCACACAGACUCUGUUCAACGCCGUGCACGGCAGCAAGGACAGCGACCAGGCCAGCAGGGAGCUCGCUUUCUUCUUCCCCAACUUUAGGACGACCUCGGCAGUGGAGCAGGAUGGAGAGGAAGGGCGUGUGGAGAGGACGCUGGCUCUUAUCCGGCCUGACGUUGCCAUGGAGAACAGAGACGAGAUCCUGGCUCAGAUCCAGAAGCUGGGCUUCACAGUGGCCCUCCAGAGAGAGGUGUUGCUGACAGAGGAACAAGUCAGACGGUUUUACCUCCAACAUGUGGAUGAAGACUACUUUCCUGCUCUACUGCGAAGCAUGACCAGUGGGCCGGUGCUUGCUUUGGCGCUGGCCAGAGAAGGGGCUGUCCUUCACUGGAAGAACAGUCUUGGUCCUCCUGACCUCGAUAAAGCUAAAGAGGAGAGUCCCGAGUGUCUCAGGGCCCAGUUUGCUGUGGAUAACGAGCCCAUAAACCAGCUUCACGGCAGCGCCAGUCCCGAAGAAGCAGAGCAGGAAAUUAGCUUUUUCUUCCCUAAACAACAAACGCUGGCGGUAAUUAAACCUGACGCAAUGGAUGAACACAGAGAUGUAAUUUUGGAGGAGAUUCGUGGGAGAGGCUUCACGGUGACGCGGCUGAAGGAGACGGUUCUGUCGAGAGAAAUGGCUGAAGAGUUUUACAAAGAGCACAGAGAGAAGCCUUUCUUCAGCCAGCUGGUGGAUUUCAUGUGUCGGGGUCCCUGCAUGAUGCUUGUUCUGACCAAGGAAAAUGCUGUCGAGGAGUGGAGAGCGUUGAUGGGCCCAACUGAUCCACAGAAAGCCAAGGAGACCUCCCCAGAGUCUCUGAGGGCUCGAUUUGCUGCAGACGUCCUUCACAACUCAGUUCACGGUUCCUCCAGCGAGCAACAUGCAGAAGAGAAGAUCCGUUUUAUUUUCGGAGACAUCAGCACAGAAGCAGCGCUCUCCGCCGACGAAGAGAGCGACGUAACCAUCUCAGCUGAAGAGCUUGGCAGUCCUGCAUAUCUCAACAAAGAAAUGUCAAGAUCUUCAGCUGCAGACAUUCAUAAUGACUCGUCAUCAUGAAGGUAUUAAUUUUUAUGCAAUUUUUAUGCAAGAAAGGAGAGAAAACAACUGUUAUUGGUUAUCGGUGUUCUGCAGGUUUAAAACUGAAGUUAAAUAAGUUUGUUUAAUUAUUUUCAAUAAACUUUGUCUCAACAAU